AUGGAUAAUAAUAAUAAUAUUACCAGGUCAAGAGGUUCUAAAAGGUCUUUAAAUAGUCAAAGAAACUAUCCUCCUCCACUUCUCGGUUCAAGCGAAACUGAUAAUAAUAUUCUAGAAAAUGACAUCGUUAAAUAUCAUUCUUUUAUUUCCAAAAAAUUUAAACGUAGAAAAAAAGGCAAGCGACACAAUUUAAGAAGCAGUUCUUUUUCUUCUUCAGUUUCAGGAGGAGAAGGAGGCAGUAAAGAAGAUGGAGAAGGAGGGAAUGAAUCUGAUUCAUCAAAUUUAUCAUCAAGUACUAUAACAGACGAUUCCGUUAGUACAGUGAUGGGAGAUAAUGGUAAUAGCAUUGAUGAUGAGAUGCUCGAAGAAUCAUUAUCAGAAGUCCUUUCGGAUGCAUUAACUGAAGUAAUUUCGGAUUCAAUCUCAGAAACAUUAUCAGAAACAACAGAUGAAGAAGACGAUGAAAUUAUAAACCCAUUAAAAUUUAAUAAUAAAAAGAAAAGACAAAGAAAAUUUAAAAAUAAUUCUUCAUUAAUUUCUUGUUGUGUUUGCGAUGGUAAAUCGGAUAAUCAAUAUAAUUUUAUUUGUGUAUGCAUUAAUUGUAAUGAAGGAUAUCAUCAAAAUUGUCAUGAACCUCAAAUUAGUGAUAAUUUUAUUAGAGAAAAAUGGUAUUGUAUAGAUUGUCAAAAUAUAUCACGUAAUAGAUCUUCAUCAGUAUUGAAUAAUGAUAUCAACAAUAACAUGAUAAUCAAUAACAACAACAACAACAACAAUUUGAAAACCAACAACAACAACAAUAACAGCAACAAUUUAAAAACUAACAACAAUUCAAAAACUAAAACUAAUUCAAAAACUAAAAAUAAUUCAAGAUUUAACACUAAUUACAGCAAUUUAAUAAUUAACAGCAAUUUAAAUAGAUUAAUGGGAAAAAGUGAAAGUAGAAUAUCAAAACUAAGAUCUUUUCACGAACAGAAAGUGGAAAAUUUUUCGACCUCCAAAUCAAUGAUUAAUAAUAAUAAUAAACAAAAUAACGAUUUUAAUGAAAUUAACGUUAACGAUAAUGGAAGAAGAAUAGAAUAUUCACGAUCAAAUUUAGAACAAAAUCUUGCUAUUAAAAAUGCGGUCGCUUCAUCAAGUAAAAAUUCAUUUAGUAAAAAUUUACUUGAUAAAAAUUUACCUGGUAAAAAUUCAUCCACUAAAAGUCCAUCAAGUAAAAAUUCAUCAAGUAAAAAUCCAUCAAGUAAAAAUCCAUCCAGCAAAAAUCCAUCCAGUAAAAAUUCAUCUGGUAAAAAUUCAUCAAGCAAAAAUUCGUCCAGUAAAGAUUUAUCCAGUAAAGAUUUAUCAGUCACAAAUUCAUCAAAUAAAGAUAAAGAUUUAUCAAUUAAAAAUUCAGUUGCUUCGUCAAGUAAAGAUUCUUUAAGUAAAAUUGCAGAUUCUUCAUUAUAUAACAAUUUAAUUGAAUCACCAUCUAAUAACAAUUCAAUUUCACCACCAUCAUCACCAUCAAGUAAAAAUACUAAAAAUAAUAAAAAUUCCAAAAAUAUUAAAGCUAUUAAAAAUAAUAAAAAUUCUAAAACAAAUGAUCAACUUACAUCUAUGUCAGUUAUUUUUCCAGCUAAAAAAAAUGCCAAUUCACUUAAUAAAAAGUGA